UCUGUAUGUGUUGUCUGUAGGUGCUGUGUUCCUGGUCAGCGUCCAGGGCAUUGCUGUGAACCUGGAUCCAGUCUUCAGUACAUGGAUCCUCCACCAGCCUCACAAGAGGAGCAGCAGGCAACAGGCUGCGGUGCCCUGUUCCCAGUGUCCAUGUCCAAGCGGAGGGAGGACGAGGUGUCUGUGGGGAGCAUGCCAUUCGCCAAGCAGCCAUCCAAUCAGGCCUCGGACUACGCCAGCAGCCCGGUCAAGACCAAGACUGUCACAGAGUCCCGUCCUCUGUCCAUCCCGAUGAAGGUGAUGCCUUCCUCUCCAGAGACCUGGACCACCCCAGAGGAACGUAUGAAGGAGCUGAUCUCUCACGUCUGGGACGCCGUCAAACGACUCACACUACAG